CAUAUAUAAAUAUCGAGAGAGCACGAGAGCGCUGCAGCCGUUCAACACCACAGCUACAGAGAGCGAGAAACGAACCGACCCGGCUUUCCUUUUUUUAUUUAUUUGUGUGAGUAUCGUCACACUUUUGACACCCAUUAAGGCUUUUUUAGACGUAUUCCGUUCACUUUUCUAUAGAUAUAACUUGUAGUUCUGAAGAGCGCUGUGUUAAAACAACUUGCGUAGCGGACAGGCAUAUUGAUAGGAUUUUUCCGUGUAUUGAAGCAGAGUCCGAUCGAAAAUGGUUCGAGAAACCGGUUACUACGAUCUGCUCGGCGUCAACCCCACAGCCACACUGGACGAGCUUAAAAAAGCAUACCGCAAACUGGCGUUGAAAUAUCACCCGGAUAAAAACCCCAACGAAGGCGAGAAAUUCAAACUUAUAUCACAAGCCUAUGAGGUCCUGUCAGAUCCUAAAAAGCGAGAGCUUUAUGAUCAAGGUGGCGAGCAAGCUAUCAAAGAGGGAGGAAUGGGAGGAGGCGACUUCUCAUCUCCCAUGGACAUUUUCAACAUGUUCUUUGGUGGCGGAGGCAGAAUGGAGAAAGAAAGGAAAGGAAAGAACGUGGUUCACAAACUCGCAGUCACGCUAGAGGAAUUAUACAAUGGCUCAACAAGAAAACUUGGUCUUCAAAAGAAUGUUAUCUGCGAGAAAUGUGAAGGGUAUGGAGGCAAGAAGGGUGGCCUUGAAAAAUGCACAACCUGUAAAGGAAGGGGCGUGCAGGUCCAGGUACAACAGGUUGGACCUGGGAUGAUCCAGCAGAUUCAGAGCAUGUGUUCCGACUGCCAAGGACAGGGCGAACGAUUCAAUUCCAAGGACCGCUGCAAGAACUGCAACGGACACAAAGUAGAACGCAAGAAGAAAAUUCUUGAAGUCCACAUUGACAAAGGCAUGAAGGAUGGCCAGAGAAUCACAUUCCUUGGAGAAGGAGAUCAAGAGCCAGGACUUGAGCACGGUGAUGUCAUCAUUGUUCUGGAGUUGAAACAACAUCCUGUUUUCCGAAGACAAGACAAUAACCUGAUCAUGAAGAUGAAUAUCAAGCUAGCAGAGGCCCUCUGUGGUUUUAAGAAGACUAUCCGUAUGCUAGAUGACAGAACACUCAUCAUCCACUCAUCUCCAGGUCAAGUAAUUAAACCAAAUGACCUUAAAUGUAUUAAUAAUGAGGGGAUGCCUGUUUACAAAGAACCUUAUGAGAAAGGUCUUCUCAUCGUACAGUUUGAGAUUGAUUUCCCAGAUAAACACUGGCUACCUGAGCACAUGCUGCCUGACCUGGAGAGGUUACUUCCAGUCAGAGAGCAUAUCAUGCUGACGGAUGAUAUGGAAGAGGUUGACCUCUGUGAAAUAGACAUUGAGAACCAAAAGAGAAGCUUCAGUGGUGAAGCCAAUGAAGAGGACGAACGACCCAGAGGUGGCGGUGUGCAGUGCCAGACUCAGUAAACACGUCAUAUUUAAUGGGAUCAUUUGCGUAGCCGUAUAUUCUUCAAACGUGACUGCAGAUGUAAACUGCAUUUUACCAUGGUUCAAUUGGGGUUAUAACAAGCAAUUUGUACAGCAAGGAUUUCCCCAAUACUGAAUGGAGAUGGACCACUCUGACACAAUAUUGUGCUUCGGUUUAUAGCAUCCUAUGAAGAGAAAUGUCAGCCGUUUUGCAGCUUAUCAAGAUGAAAAAUUGUUAAGUUAAUGGAAAGACUUGUACCACAGAAUUUAAUUCAAUGGUAAUGUUAAUUAUUUUUGCACGUAUGCAAUGUGUUUAUUUUUGUAUGUUUAGAUGUGCUGUGUUCACAAUUUCUUUUUUGUUUCCCUUUGUCACAAACAACCCAGUUGAACAUGACUAUUUGUACACAAAGGUUAUGGUUCUAUACAUAUUUAGCCUGUGUCGAGGCCAAUGGUGUUCCCGUCCAAGUAAACACACAGAGGACUGAGUAACUCGCACACAGAGAAGUGAGCAGCCAUUGCUGUGGAUAAUGGGAGAAGUUGCGGGGAACAGUACCUUGCUCAAGGGUCUCACCUCACCCGUGGUAUAGAAGGUGCCCCAUCGUGGCCUAAUGGGCUUUCAAAUGCUAUCUGAAAAUGUUUUGUUUUCACAAAUAUAUAUUCCCCAAGUUUACAUUUGCCAAAUUAAAGAACCAUAAUGUUGAGAUUUUUCUGAGACAAAAAAUUGGAAAACAAAAUCUGGAUCCCAGAGAUAUCAAGUAUAGUGUUCAAGUGAUAGUAAACUCAAAAUUUGGUCAUCAUUUACUCAUACUCUUGUCAUUUCAAACCUGUUUGACUUUCUUUUGCAGAACACAAUUUGUACAUUAAACAGAAAUUUUGCUUACAUGA